AUGGGGAGGCCGUCUCGGGUGAUAGGAUUUGCAUUAUUGCUUUUGCUUCUUCUGGAGCUCUCCGCUGCUAGGACCUCCAAGAAGAUAAGUGUUAAUGGAGGAGGUGGGGGAGAGGGUGGUGGUGGUGGCGAAGGUACGGGACUUGCAGAUGGUUCCGGGUAUGGUUCAGGAUAUGGGUCAGGUGAAGGAUACGGAAAUGGUGGUGAAAAUGGGGAUGGAUAUGAAGGUGGUAGAGGAGGAGGGGGUGGUGGGGGAGGCGGCAGAGGUGGUGGUGGUGGAGCAGCGGGGUCUGGUUCAGGCUACGGUUCUGGAUCCGGUUCCGGGUACGGAAGUGGGAAAGGAGGUGCGGGAGGUGGUGGUGGAGGCAAAGGCGGAGGAGGAGGUGGAGGUUCUGGCAAUGGAGUUGGGAGUGGUUCCGGGUUUGGCUCAGGGAGUGGAAGUGGGCACGGAAGCGGCAGGGGUGGUGGGGAAGGAGGAGGGGGAGGUGGUGGAGGUGGCAGAGGCGGAGGAGGAGGUGGAGAUUGUGGCCCUGGAACUGGGAGUGGUUCUGGCUAUGGAUCGGGCAGUGGAAGUGGGUAUGGAAGAGGCAGGGGUGGUGGGGAAGGAGGAGGGGGAGGUGGUGGAGGUGGCAAAGGCGGUGGAGAAGGUGGAGGUUCUGGCCCUGGGAGUGGUUCCGGCUAUGGGUCGGGCAGUGGGAGUGGGGGAGGCGAAGGAGGAGGUGGUGGGGGUGGCAGAGGUGGAGGAGGAGGAGGAGGCAGAGGUGGAGGCGGAGGCUCGGGUAGUGGAACAGGGGGUGGUUCGGGGUUCGGCUCAGGGAGUGGAGGCGGGAGUGGCGGUGGGAAAGGAGGUGGGGGAGGUGGCGGGGGUGGCAGAGGCGGAGGAGGCGGCGGAGGCUCCGGAAUAGGAGGUGGCUCGGGGCAUGGACAGGGAGAAGGAAGUGGGUAUGGAAGCGGGAGCGGUGGGGGCAGAGGAGGAGGUGGAGGAGGAGGAGCAGGUGGAGGUGGUGGUGGAGGUCGAGGUGAGGGUGUUGGAAAUGGGCAUGGGUCUGGAUACGGAAGUGGAUCUGGUUAUGGGUCAGGAUCCGGCGACGGAGGGGAAGAUUCACCAUGA